AUGGGCGUGAUUGCCAUAAUGGGCAUUGGAGCCUUAAUCUCUGGGUUUGCCAUGGCUUCCGGUUACUUGAAUUUGCUUCAGUUCGUCACUCAUUUGUCCUUCAUCAAGAUGGCUGUCACACUCCUUAAAUACAUCCCUCAGCGCAUAAAGGACUAUCUUACGUUAUUUUACGCUUUGCAACCUCAAGACCCGGAUGAGAAAGGCUGCAUGACCAUCAAUUUUUGCGAUUGA